AUGGUUGUUCAUUAUCUAUCUAUCUAUCUAAAUUCGCUCAUUAUCAAUCUAUCUAUCUAUCUAUCUAUCUAUCUAUCUAUCUAUCUAUCUAUCACGAUUAGCUCACUAUCUACCUAUUUCAAUUCGCUCACCUCUCUCCUCCCUCCACCUUUCUCUCUAUAUACAUAUCUAUCUAACACAAUCAAACCAAUUCUCUUGAGUUUUUAUUUAUAUUACAUUAAUGUUCACGGUGACAAAAAUGGGACGGUGACUCAUGAUAGGUUAAAAUUCAUAAUUACGAAUUUUAUCUAUCUAUCUAUCUAUCUAUCUAUCUAUCUAUCUAUCUAUCUAUCUAAAUUCGCUCAUUAUCUAUCUAUCUAUCUAUCUAUCUAUCUAAAUUCGCUCAUUAUCUAUCUAUCUAUCUAUCUAUCUAUCUAUCUAUCUAUCUAUCUAUCUAUCUAUCUAAAUUCGCUCAUUAUCUAUCUAAAUUCGCUCAUUAUCUAUCUAUCUAUCUAUCUAUCUAUCUAUCUAUCAGUAUCUGCUCACAACUAUCUAUAUCUCGAUUUGCUCAUAUCUAUCUAUCUAUCUAUCUAUCUAUCUAUCUAUCUAUCUAUCUAUCUAUCAGUAUCUGCUCACAACUAUCUAUAUCUCGAUUUGCUCAUAUCUAUCUAUCUAUCUAUCUAUCUAUCUAUUUAUUAG